AGUUGAUCAAAAUGUUAUAUUUUCGAAAGCUUUUCGCAAUCGCAUCAAUCGUUUUGGCAAUUUCAACAUUGUCAAAAUCGAGUGGAACUGAAGAAACCUCUGGUUAUAGUUCGUCUAACACCAAUGAAGUGGAUACUUUGGCAAUGCAACUUGAACAUUUGAAUAAUCUGGGAGGACCAAGUACCUCUGGUUCUAAUUCGUCUAACACCAAUGAAGUGGAUAAUUUGGCAACGCAAUUUGAACUUAUGAAUAAUCUGCAAGAGAUGCAAGAAGUGGAUGAUGAUAUACGCAAUAUCCAAAAUGCUCUUAUAAAUGGGUAUUUGAAUGCAAACGAAGAAGAAAGGAAGCGAUGCAUUAAACAAGUGCAGAGGACGUGGAAAAUAUUUCCUAAAGGUUUUAGGAGGCAACUUGAGUCUACUAUGAACUUAGAUAGAAAUGGAGUACCGAAGAAGAAGAAGAAGAAGUAAAAGGUUAUUGAAAUUGACGAAUCGUGACGAAU